GAAGGGGAACGUGUAAGAAGUAAAAUCGAGAUGGCCAAGUACCUUGCAGGGUCCUUCGACCUUACCAUGUUUGACUUCAAGUCUGGAGUGUUUUUGGAUGACAGAGCCAUUAGGGGGAUGAAGCGACGAAAGGGGGGGAAUGCAUCGGUCACUGCUGCGUCAGCUGCCAUUGAGAAAGGAGCUGCGUCAGACGCCACUGAGGAAGGCGCUGCGUCAGUUGCCAAGGAGGAAAGCGCUGCAUCGGUCACCACAGAGGAAGGCGCUGCGUCAUCAGGGCCGAGUUUGACUCCUGAGAAGGCCGGCAGCUGGGAUGGCUCCUGCACCCCUCCAGCUGUCCCCACUAACACCCCUGGCCAAAAUUCCUCCAUGCAGAAGUUCACCCCUCCCCGGGUGGUUGUUUCGCAGAAGGCUGUGUCCCCACGCUUAAUGCCAGCCACCCGGAGAAACAGCACCUCUCCCGGCUCGCCUUGCUCUCCGAGUGACUCCCCUCACUCCGUAAAAGCCACUUCUGUCCCCCUCGGUGUGCCGCUCCGUAGAGGGGGCAGCGUUUUGUCCCUCUGUCUCACAGAUAUCGCUCACCAGAGGUUCAGUGCUCCUUCCACUCCUAGCAGGGACGAUCCUCCCCUUAAUCUGCCAUACUUGAACCCUUCACUGAUCCCGCUGAGUCCUGCCUCAUCACCUGAAAGAAACUAUAACCCAGCGCUAGAGGACCAGUGUCUCAUGAAUUCCCCAGUGUCCAGUGCCCCCAGUCGAGCCCUGAGCCCCCUGUCUGCGCCCUGCAACUCUGAACUGCCACUCAAUGGAGUGCUUACGCUCUUCGACUCAUCAGAGUCUCUUCCCCGUACCUGUAUAAAAUGUGGAACCUCCUUCCAUGAUGAGGAGAUUGUGGAGCCAGAUGGUGCAACUCUAUGUCCCAGUUGCAUAC